UAAAUAAAGUUUCUUGGGCAUAUCUCUAUAAAAAUACCAUAAUUCCAGAGUUGCCGCCGACAAACCUGCAACCUGAUUUUAGCUAAUCUAGUUGGCCUUAGCAAACCGACCUGUCAUUUAAAAUCACUUGCAAAUUAUUCCCUUGGACGACGGAAAAGAAAACUAACGACUUGGACAUCAGUUCUGAUCUGGAGUUCGUGGCCAAUCCGUUUAAGGACCUUCGAUUGGAGGUAGAACCGCAGGCAUGUGGCGUUAUCCUAGACUUGUCUUACGCUCUGGCAAGGGACAAACUGGAGAAGGCCAAACGCUUCGUCACACUGGCGAACCUUCCCAACUUGGGUGUCGGGGAUCUGGAGAUGGCGCAGCUGGAGCGGACCGACGAGCUGAUGAGGAGGCAUCAGGCGCUGGAGCUCCAGGCAGGAGUGCGAGUCGGGCACCAAUGCUGCCCUCCUGGCGCCACCGUAAGGUGGUCUUGAUGGCCGACCUGAAGGACCCUGAACAGCCCCAACCGAAUUCGAGGAUUGGAGUGCCAUCCAAUCCCGGGUCUUAACAACUCAAGCUCCAGUUCGAUGUUAGCCAUGGAAUCUUCGCUUCCGGGCUCUCACGUUCUGCGUUUUGUUUGCAGUCCAGACACCCUUAAAUCCAUUCGUUGAGGUCUCCGAUCUCCGGACCCAUCGUUUAACCUUCAGAGAUGUAGUCUUCAACGCCUGGUUCUGCCAGCGAAAGACCUUUGAUUAUGGGCUAUAGGCUAUACCCAUUAUUCAAAGGUCUUUGCGGGCAAUCCCAGGAGUUAUUGAAAGUAUUUCGGCAGGUUUAACGCUGGGUCGAGGGAUUUGGGCCCUCACCGGUGGAGUCUUUGGACUGCAAGGAGUAGCAACGAUGGCACUGCCCCGGUCUUUAAAAAGCCACGUAUUAAAAAAAUUACCAAUAAU